AUGAAAAACCAUAACAGGGAAAUUUAUACAAUACCUGGCAUUUUUUUCCUUAUAACUGCGGUCAUUGCGUCGCUAGGAAAUGGCUAUAUCCUUUACGUCGUCAAACGAGAUCCUUUAAAAUGCUUCAAGAAGCCCACAAAUGUCUUCAACAUUGCCUUGACGAUGGCGCAUUUUUUCGCAGGAAUUGUAGUUUUGCCUUACAUUGGCGUUUUGAAUAUUCUUCGUGGAGAACACCCGGAAAUCUUUAUUCCUUCAACAGUGCUCGACCUGGAAGAAGCGUUGCUUAAUUUCAACAUCGGAACUGCCACACUUUUUCUGUCUGCUAUCUCAGGAGAACGAUGUAUUGCUAUAAUACGACCCCGCCUUAACAAGAAAUGGCUGACUUUGAACCGUGCCAAAGCCAUAAACUUCGCAUCAGGAACCAUCUGCUUUGCUUUCUGUCUCCUUUUAUUGCUACCCGUUUCCAAGACUUUCUUUUACUUUAUUUAUCUACCCUUGUUUAUUUUUCUUCCCUCGUGUGGAAUUUUAGCUUCUUGCGCUGUGAGGCUGCGAAAUUUCAAAAACCAAGCUCGUGUCUCAGUGAUAAACAGUGGUCUUCCCGUUGCUCAGUUAUUCGCCCUCGAAACGAGAAAGAGGAAUUCCCACUUGGUCUACAAACUUCUAAAUACCGUUUUUAGCAUUCUUUUACCUAUCUUGAUUUCCUUAUUUAUGUUCUCUGCGGUUAGAAUCAUCGAGGUUACAUGCGAAGGGUGUCAAAACAGGAAGUGGUUCGUAACCCUACAUAAUGUUACAUUGAUAUGUUUGUAUCUGAGUUCUGCUUUUAAUCCUUUUGUUCUUCAUUCGAGAAUUGCUGAAUACUCGCGAACAACAAAGCACAUCUUUAGGAAAUAAUUAAUAGAGACUGCCAACCUCUAAACUGUUUAUCUAAAUUAGAAAAUUCAAAAGUUUUCUUUGUGUAAACUGAAAUUUUUUUUAUGAUAAAACUGGAAGAUGAUUAAGAAAUGAGCAGGCUGAACGAAGCAUUUUAUUUUCACUUAACUGGCGUUUUAUAUACACUGAUACACUCUGUAAGCAAUUUGCAAUUUCUAAAAUGAAGCUGGUUUUGUGAUCAGUGGCGCUUGAAUUUUUUGAACGAGGGAAAAUACGAGGAAGAAAAACUAACACAGGCGAUUACUGGGGAGCCAAAGGCCGGUGUAACAACCUAUAGAGAGUUUUCACAUGGAUGUCAUGUCCACCAUAUGGUGUCCUAAUCCAAGGAAACGGCGGUCAUAUUGGUGUCCCAAACCAGUCCUGUUAGAGCGGAAUCUUUUUCUCAUGAAACAAUUCAUUUCACUCAAAUAAAUUUGCAUAGCUUCGACCGCUGCUGGCCAUGUGAAUGAAAACGCCUUUUAGCCUGCGGGGGCUUUGCAGUUAUGCAUGGUUUAAUUGGUCCUGUCACCAUCCCCCGCGGGCAAGCCCCGGGACAAGUCCAGCCCUUCGGGCCCGGGGGUGGGGAAUUGUUUGAAGCAAGAGAGUUUGAAGGGGUCUCAGUCCCGGGGGUAAGGGGGUGGGGCAAAUCAAAAGUAAGUUUUCUUUGAUUUGUGUAGAACGUGUUAUUUCUCGCGCGCGGUUUUUGCUCGAAGCUGCGGAACUCGAGAUUACUAGACUGAAAAAAUUUUUCUUUGUUUCUUUUGCAAAAAUAAAUCUGGAUUCGAGUACUUAUCAUACGCACAUUCGGUUUGCAAAUUUAAAUCAUUCCUCUCCAUCCACUCUCCGACAAAUUCCUGCCUUUUCCCUUGAAAAUACGUAGUCUUAAGUUCCUCAGCUUCGUGGAAACCGCGCGCGAAAUAACACAAAAACAUGCUUACCACCAUUGAUGUUAGCCUGCGUAGCAAGCGUUUCCUCGCGAGGUUCGUCUAGAAAACUGGGACAAGAGCAAAAAAAAAUGAAUGACGGGGGAGGGGGAGGGGACCUCCGUUCUAACUUUCGCGCAAUAACUCGAUUGGAAACGCUUGCUACGCAGGCUAUGUUUUUUUGCGAAGGUUUAUGAGAUCAGAGUCUUCAAAGUAUAAUUGGAGAUCGAGCAGUGGAGACUAGAGAAGGCCAAUCUAUUGAGAAUCACAGCGUGCCGAUCUGACUGGAAAAAAUGGACUGUUUGUUGGAGAUAACAUCAACAUAAAUCAGAACAUCGGUACUCGACACUAGCUGAAGCCGCCAUGGACAAGCGAUUUGUCAGCUUUUUUAAAUGAAAAGAUUCUUUUUGUUUAUUGGAAAUCUAGCGGCAUCUAUUUUAGAGAACGUUUCGACACAGGCUGAAGAGCAGCCGCUCUGCAAAACUUAUACCCGACGGAGGGAAUUGUUCUUGACGUGUCGAAAGGUUUCAGACGAGAUAACGCCACACAAUAAAAAACAAGAAAUUCCGCAUCAAUCGCUCAUGGUUUUAACUUUCUUUUAUCGUAAAUCUUUUUUAUUACAGUUCUUGCAAUCGCCUGCAACGUGUCCUAUUAGAGAACAAAGUAAUUUUACAAAUCUGGUAAUCCAGGGGUAAUCUGUUCGUUAUGUUUCUAUUUUGACGAGCUGUCAAUUUACAAAUGAACCGAAGCGUGAAAUAUCAAGGGGCGUUUUCCAGAAUCGUGGAGUUUGCGGGCAAGCGUUUCCUCUUCUCCCCUCCCCCUCCCCCUUCAACCUUUUUUUUUUUGCUUCCGCUCUAACUUUCGCGCAAUAACUCGAUUCACUCGAUUGGAAACGCUUGCUACGCAGGCUACAUUGAUGUUAAAGUUCAUCCGCGCGGGGGUAGUCCCUCAUAUAAGCCAUAUGGGUAUGUGCUAGACUAGGGUUUUUACACCGUUUAAUUUUGCCUGCCUGCGUGCAGACGUCUCCUAUUUCCUUUGUUAAUUUGGUCUGAAAAUGGGUAUAAACUUUGCCCAUUUUGGUCUGGAAUCGGAUAUCAUGAUUUUCGAGGGGGACUGUAUGAACAUUUCUACAUGAUUAAGAAAAAAAAGGAGAAAUCUGAGAAUUCGAAAUGAAUUUUAAGAAAUCUUUUAUGUUGGUGUUCUUAUCUUAGUAAUGAUGACGUAAUUUCUUAGAGGCUUCUGCUUAUAGGCCAGGUCUGAAAACAGGUGUGAAAAAUGACAUUUUUUGGUCUGAAAUAGGGUCAGAAUUUGGAGAACCGGGCGGCACACCCCCACCAAGAACUCUGGCCGGUACUUUUGUCUUAGGAUUAUCGCCAGCCGGGAGUUCAGGGUGCAUGUUUAUCGGCAUAUUUAGGAGAUAAAUAAGGGUUGUUCAGGUCUGCAAAUAUUCUCUAAUAGCAGAUGUCGUCCGUCGAGUUGUCUCCUUGCUGUUCUUGCUAUGUUUGUAGCUAAUAGUUCUCCUACUUCUUCCGAUCCUCGUGUAACGAGUGAAAUGUUCCGUCAUUUUGUAGUCACUAUCUCGUCCCCAGGUCUUCUCGGUUAGCGGGUUCAUUAAUCCUGGCAAUUUGCUGCACGAUUGACGGCAUUUUUCUCAUGUCGCAAAUUUCUUCGAAAUUUGGUCGACAAUAGCUGGUUGUGAUAAGUUAUGCGUGUGAUUCUAGCCAAUCAUAAACGGAGAAAUAUUUUGAAUGAAUAAUAAAUAGGGUAAUGGCUCCCUCAGGGGCAUGGAUCGUUAUUCAUGAAAUAAGUUGAAAAGAAAUUAAGCUUAAAGAUUACCAUUUCUAUUAUUUGAAAAAUGAAUCAACAGCUUUACUAGAGUCGGCUGUAUGCAUAAACCACAAAAUCGUAUUUCAUUUCUGUUUCCAAAAAGAGUGAGGAAUAUAGAUAUAAAAAUUUCGCAUUAAGUACCAACCCGGCCUCGUUAGCGCAGUAGGCAGCGCGUCAGUCUCAUAAUCCACAGUAGAAAUCUGAAGGUCGUGAGUUCGAUCCUCACACGGGGCACGGAAAAAUUUUUAUUUUUUUUUCUGAUUCCAAUUCUUGCCUUUAUUUUCUUGCCUUCUUUUGCUAAUUCGAACGUUAGAAAAUACAUAAACAAGCAAGCAAAUUGAUGCUUCUCUACAAUUCUAAAUUCUCUUGUCCGCUGUCUUACAAGAGAUCUGGGUACGAAAUUAGCGCUGUCUUCGUAAAAUUUAGUUUUGAAGUCCAAUGACGUUUAAAUUUUUUUACGAUAAAAUCAGGCCUUAAAGUUUCUUGAAACCAAUUCUAAAAAUAGGUGUAAAUAGGAUUUUAAAAGCUUUUAACUUGUUGAAAACUCUCCGACUCGCUGGUCUCAACCGGUUGGACUCACCAUAGAAUUGAAUUCAGGGUUGUUGAAAGAUAAGUCAAAAACAGAUUUUUAAACGUCAAAACACACGUGCCUGGCGUGAAAAAAAGAUCAUAUUCCAAGUCUUUUUAUCACAACGAAGUAUUUUUGCUCGAUAUCUCGAGAGAGUGAAAAGAUGACAACUGACUUUCGUAAAAAUACAGGAAUGGUCGAAUAGGAAAUCGUGGAAUAGAAUAGUGGAGUUUUACAAAACCGGCUCCGUUGUGUGAAAUGAUGAAAUAUAAUCCAGUCACAAAAAUGACAUUGAAAAUUAGAAAUUCAGUGCAGGCGUUAGUUAAAUGAGAGACUCUUAUUAAUUUCUAAACAUAUCAAUCCAGUUUAGCAAUAUUCAGCGUGUGAAGCCGCCCGCAAUAACAUGUUUAGUUUGCUCUGUCCGUGACAUUGAUAAGUUAUGCAAGAACUAUUGAAAAAGCGGUUACUUCAGAAGGAAAUGGAAUAUUAUCUCUUGAAAUCUCUACAGGUGAGAGGAACGAGCUCGAAUUAACAAACGCAUUUAAAUAUAUUUUGUGUGUCUCUUUCAAUAAAGCAUUUUAAAAUUUCAAUGUGUCCUUGUGUCCUUGAAUUGCUCCAAAAAUAAUUCAGAAUUAGAUUUUCCCUUUGUAAUUGUUACUUUUCAUAAGGAAAAAUAAAUAAUAAUAUCUUACUCCGAUGAAUUUUUUACCGUUUUUACUUUUAAACAACGAAAAAAAAAAGAAAGAAAACUUUAUAAACAAUCCAAUUACUCAAUACAAUACCGAACCAGUUUUCUCUUAAAACUUAAUUCAUGAAGCGAUUUUUCUUCAUGUGGAAAACUAUGGCUCGUGGCCUUUGUAAAAACAAAUAUCUUAUACACAAGCCUACAAUCUGCCAGAUAUACCAUUACCUUAUUCAAACAAGCCCAUAUAACACUGGGUAAUUUUUUGACGUGAUGUGAUUUCAUAAGAAACCUUUUAUUUGCGGUAAGUUAAAUUUAAAAGCCUGCUGUUUUCGCUUACGCCAUAGUUCCGUAAGCCCAGAUUUAGCUAGGAUACACGUUACAAAUUUCUCGGUUAGGGCUCCUAUAGAUUGUAAAACAAUUUUAAUUAGAAAAUUCUCGAUAGAGAAGCCAUACAACUUCUAAACUUCUGAAUCGCUUUCACUGCUCAGUUAACGCGUGGGCGGCGACUUUACCUUUUGAGAAAAAUUGUCACGGUGUCGAACAAAUCCUCAAGCGGAUGAUGGCGGAUGGGAGCUACAGAAAAAGGUCUCAAUUUCCAUUUCCUAUUUGGAAAUUCAAAUAAAAAAGAAACCAUUCAUCUCGAUGAAUUUUUAAAUUACCUCAAUCAAUGUCAUUUUGAUGAGACGUAGUUAAGUAAAAAUGCUAAAACGAAAUUGCGUUUUCAGUUUUAUCAAUCUAACGCCGAUAUUUUUGUCAAUCAAUGUUCACAGCUAGCAUAAAAAUCAUUUGUUUAACUUGCAAAUACGACGCCGCUGUCUGUACCCUACUCAAUAUUUGGUAAGCUAUGCUCAGUGUUUUAAAUGAUUUAUGCGAGUUACCGACACCUACAGUGCCAUUUUUGUCUCAGUAUAAAAGACUUCCACAGCGUCGAUUUGGUCAGUCACACGACGGCAUGGAAAACGAAACAGCCACAAUCCCGGACGGUGUCCGAAUCGGCGUUUGUGCUUCAGUAGGAGCCUUAUAUGUAAUUGCAUCAAUUCUUACGGUUACAGUCAACGGCCUGUUGCUGUUCGUUAUAGUCAAGGAUCCGCUAAAAUGCUUCCGGCGACCAUUUGCAGUGUAUAUCACGGGAUUAGCUACCACCGAUUUUCUGUUUGGCGCCAUUGGUGACCCCAUUUCAGCAAAGAUAGCGUUUUACUGCGUCAAAGACGAAGACGGAGAAACAACUUUCGAUUAUGUCAUGGACUAUUUUAUCGAUAACUCAGCUACCAUGUUGGUCGUUUCUUUGUCAGUUGACCGGCUUAUCGCAGUAGCUUGUCCAAUUUUUUAUCGCUUUUCCAUCAAGAACACUCACGCUGCCGCCGUAGUUGUAUGUGCUUGGGUGUACUGCCUCGCCUUUAGUCUUAUUCAGUUAGGAGAAGUCCCUGAUGAUAUUUACGACACGGUGGAUGUCCAUUUGCAUGUUACUUUUGCUUUAACGGCUACUGGAAUUAUUUACUUUGCUAUCUACCUCAUUAUUCGAAGAAGAAGAAAGCUCUUUCCUGGCGGAGACGAGACGACGCAGCAAGAUGAGAAACAUCUAAAGCGCCUAAAACGUGAGAAAGAAUUCGCCUUCACAGCCUUUUUGAUUCUCCUUGCUCUGGUAAUUACACAGAUCCCCUAUCUUGUAACGACAAUUAUCGAGGCAAACUGUGAGAGUUGUACUGAAACCACAUGGUUUUUUAUAUGCCUACAGUUUAGCGAUUUUCUCCUCUGUAUCAGUGCUAUUGCAAACCCUUUUCUCUAUGGCUGGCGAGUGAAGCAAUUUCGGAGUUCAUUAAUGGCAGUGUUUUGCAGAUCGCGUUUAGACCCUGCAGAACUGGAAAUUUCACAAACAACAAACGAAACUAGAAAUCAAAGAUGA